GCGUGGGCGCGGCUUCAGCACGCCGUGCGCAAGGCGGAUAUCGGGGCCGGCUGGGCUGGGACAGCGGAUGAGAUGGCGGAAGGCGGAGGCUGCCGUGAGCGACCGGAUGCGGAGACUCAGAAAUCUGAACUCGGGGCUUUGAUGAGGACCACGCUCCAACGGGGGGCGCAGUGGUAUCUUAUUGACAGCCGGUGGUUCAAGCAGUGGAAGAAAUAUGUGGGCUUCGACAGAUGGGAUAUGUACAAUGUGGGUGAACACAAUCUGUUCCCUGGUCCCAUUGAUAACUCAGGACUCUUUUCAGAUCUUGAGAGUCAGACCUUGAAAGAACACUUAAUUGAUGAACUGGAUUAUGUAUUGGUUCCAACUGAGGCCUGGAAUAAAUUACUAAACUGGUAUGGCUGUAUUGAAGGCCAGCAGCCCAUCGUCAGAAAAGUUGUCGAGCAUGGCCUCUUUGUCAAACACUGUAAAGUAGAGGUAUAUUUACUGGAACUGAAGCUCUGUGAGAACAGCGAUCCCACCAAUGUGUUGAGUUGCCAUUUCAGCAAGGCAGACACCAUCGCAACCAUUGAGAAGGAGAUGCGGAAACUGUUCAACAUCCCUGCGGAGCGUGAGACGCGGCUUUGGAACAAAUACAUGAGUAACACCUACGAGCAGUUGAGCAAGUUGGACAACACUGUCCAGGAUGCUGGGCUGUACCAGGGUCAGGUGCUAGUAAUUGAGCCCCAGAAUGAAGAUGGUACAUGGCCCAGGCAGACGCUGCCGUCAAAUGGAUCUGGGUUCUCUGCUUCAUAUAAUUGUCAGGAGUCCCCAUCGUCUCACAUACAUCCUGGGCUCUGCGGACUUGGAAACCUUGGAAACACUUGCUUCAUGAACUCUGCUUUGCAGUGCCUGAGCAAUACAGCACCACUGACUGACUACUUUCUCGAAGAUGAAUAUGAGGCCGAAAUCAACAGAGAUAACCCGCUGGGAAUGAAAGGGGAGAUUGCAGAAGCCUAUGCAGAGCUCAUUAAGCAGAUGUGGUCUGGAAGGGAUACUCAUGUGGCCCCUCGCGUGUUCAAAACCCAGGUUGGACGUUUCGCCCCUCAGUUCUCUGGCUACCAGCAACAAGACUCCCAGGAGCUGUUAGCCUUUCUUCUAGAUGGAUUGCAUGAAGAUCUGAACCGAGUGAAGAAGAAGCCCUACUUGGAGCUGAAGGAUGCCAAUGGGCGACCAGAUGCGGUGGUAGCAAAGGAAGCCUGGGAGAAUCACAGGUUGAGAAAUGACUCUGUGAUUGUGGACACUUUUCAUGGCCUCUUUAAAUCCACUUUGGUUUGUCCAGAAUGUGCUAAAGUUUCUGUGACCUUUGACCCAUUUUGCUACUUAACUCUCCCUCUGCCCUUGAAGAAAGAUCGAAUUAUGGAGGUCUUCUUGGUUCCUGCUAACCCUUGCUGCAGACCUACACAGUACCGUGUGACCGUGCCACUGAUGGGGGCUGUGUCAGACCUGUGCGAGGCUCUCUCCAGGCUGUCUGGAAUUGCUGCAGAAAACAUGGUGGUCACAGAUGUCUAUAAUCAUCGGUUUCACAAAAUUUUUCAAAUGGAUGAAGGUUUAAACCACAUCAUGCCUCGGGAUGACAUUUUUGUGUAUGAAGUCAGCAGCACCUCUGUGGAUGACUCAGAAUAUGUCACACUGCCAGUCUACUUCAGGGAGAGGAAAUCCAGACCAUCGAGCACAUCCUCUGGGGCAGUGCUGUAUGGCCAGCCACUGCUGGUUUCUGUCCCCAAGCACAAGCUAACUCUCGAGUCUUUGUAUAAGGCGGUUUGUGAACGUAUCAGCCGCUAUAUAAAACAGCCAUUGCCUGGUGAGUCUGGCAGCUCGCCCUUGGAGCCGGGGACCUGCAAUGGCUCCAGGGGCAGCUGUGAAGGAGAAGAAGAAGAAAUGGAACAUCAGGAAGAAGGCAAAGAGCAACUUUCAGAAACAGAAGGCAGUGGAGAGGAUGAGCUGGGGAGUGACUCCAGUGAGACCAUCCAAAAAGUCAAAGGCCAGCACUGCCCAAAAAGGCUUUUUAGCUUCAGCCUUGUGAAUUCCUGUGGAACAGCUGAUAUCAAUUCACUUGCAACUGAUGGGAAGCUACUUAAACUCAACUCUCGAUCCACACUGGCCAUUGAUUGGGACAAUGAGACCCGGAACCUUUAUUAUGAUGAGCAGGAGUCUGAAGCCUAUGAGAAGCAUGUGAGCAUGUUGCAACCACAGAAGAAGAAGAAGACCUCAGUGGCCCUGAGAGACUGCAUUGAGCUCUUUACCACCAUGGAGACCCUCGGGGAGCAUGACCCCUGGUACUGUCCCAACUGUAAGAAACAUCAACAGGCCACCAAGAAGUUUGACCUGUGGUCCUUGCCAAAGAUCCUGGUGGUCCACUUGAAGCGUUUCUCCUAUAACAGAUAUUGGAGGGAUAAACUUGACACAGUUGUGGAAUUCCCAGUCAGAGCUCUCAACAUGUCCGAGUUUGUCUGUGACCUAUCAGCAAGGCCCUAUGUGUACGACCUCAUUGCCGUGUCCAAUCAUUAUGGAGCCAUGGGGGUUGGCCACUAUACUGCAUAUGCAAAGAACAAAUUGAAUGAAAAAUGGUAUUACUUUGAUGACAGCAACGUGUCCUUGGCCUCAGAGGAUCAGAUAGUGACGAAAGCAGCAUAUGUGCUAUUUUACCAACGUCGAGAUGAUGAGUUUUAUAAGACACCUUCAGUCAUCAAUUUUCCGGGUUCCUCUGAUGGAGGGACCAGACCAAGCAGUUCCCAGCAGGGCUUGGAGGAUGAUGAGGCUUGCAGCAUGGACACCAACUGACACUGCCUCAGUGACCCUAUCAUCCCACAGCACAGUGUAAUUCCCCAGGAGAACAUCUUUGGCACUCUGAAGACUGCUGUUCAAUCUAAAAACCAGAUGAAAUUCCCUUCUUUGAUGGAGUGGGGGGAAAAAAAACAAAAACAAAACAGUUUGUUCAUAAGGCUUACAUCAAGAGACUGAAUUAUUACUAGUUUUUAAACAGGUGGUCAGAGAUUUCUGUAAAACCUGUGGGGCUGUAGGUGGAGGGUGUGGGGGGGGGGCACAAUGUGUAUGUCCAGUGGAGUUCAGAGAGUGGCCAGGAACACAUAACAGUGUGGCGCAGCCAUGAAGACCUGCUGCAGGGCCAUCAUGAGUGUGGGAUUUCUGGUUUUGUGCCAUUUACUGGUCACUGAUAGUCUGCUCACAGUAAACUGAGCACUCAAGUAAAUGACAUUGCCCUC